AUGCCGACUUUAAAUGGAAAGCCAGACGUUACGUUUGAAGAAGAUGACUUGCCUUACGAGGAAGAAAUCAUCAGGAAUCCUUACUCGGUCAAGUGCUGGAUGCGCUACAUCGAGCAUAAACAAAACGGCCCAAAGUCGGUGCUUAAUAUGGUUUAUGAACGAGCACUGAAGGAGCUACCUGGCAGUUACAAGUUGUGGUACAACUAUCUGAGAGAGCGGAGGAAGCAAGUAAAGGGAAGAUGCGUGACAGAUCCAGCCUAUGAGGAGGUCAACAACUGCCAUGAGAGAGCGCUGGUGUUUAUGCACAAGAUGCCAAGGAUAUGGCUGGAUUACUGUCAGUUCAUUGUAUCUCAGCGCAAAAUCUCAAGGAGCCGUCGCACAUUUGACCGGGCGCUCAGAGCCCUACCCAUUACUCAGCACACUAGAAUCUGGCCCCUCUACCUUCAGUUUGCACGAAACUUGCCCUUACCUGAGACCGCCAUCCGUGUUUACCGUAGAUACCUCAAGCUCUGUCCAGAGAACGCAGAGGAAUACAUCGAUUACCUGCGUUCUGUAGGACGCCUGGAUGAGGCAGCAGUCCGACUAGCUGCCGUGGUCAACGAUGAAACCUUUGUCUCAAAAGAAGGAAAGUCAAACUACCAGCUGUGGCACGAACUGUGUGACUUCAUCUCUCAGAAUCCAGACAAGGUGACCUCACUGAAUGUGGGUGCCAUCAUUCGAGGUGGCCUCACUCGUUUCACAGAUCAGCUGGGCAAGCUCUGGUGCUCUAUGGCUGAUUACUACAUACGCAGUGGUCAUUUUGAAAAGGCACGGGAUGUGUAUGAGGAGGCUAUCCAGACAGUAGUCACUGUAAGAGACUUCACUCAAGUGUUUGACAGCUAUGCCCAGUUUGAGGAGAGCAUGAUUGCUGCCAAGAUGGAGACCACAUCCGAGAUGGGACAUGAUGAAGAUGAUGAUAUUGAUCUGGAGUUGCGCUUGGCUCGGUUUGAACAGCUUAUCACCCGCCGGCCGCUCUUACUGAACAGCGUGCUGCUCCGACAGAACCCACACAAUGUUCACGAGUGGCACAAGAGAGUCAAACUGUACGAAGGCAAUCCUCGUCAGAUUAUCAACACUUACACUGAGGCUGUGCAGACAGUAGAUGCCAUGAAAGCCACAGGGAAGCCUCACUCCCUCUGGGUAGCAUUUGCCAGAUUCUACGAAGAUAACGAACAGCUGGAUGAUGCCAGGACGAUUUUUGAGAAGGCCACCAAGGUGAACUAUAAACAGGUAGAUGAUCUGGCAGCAGUGUGGUGUGAAUAUGGGGAGAUGGAAUUACGGCAUGAGAACUAUGACCAGGCGCUACGGAUACUCAGGAAAGCCACAGCUAUCCCAGCAAGAAAAGCAGAGUAUUUUGAUUCAUCAGAACCAGUGCAAAAUAGAGUGUAUAAAUCUCUAAAGGUGUGGUCCAUGCUGGCUGAUUUGGAAGAGAGUCUUGGCACUUUCCAGUCAACAAAGGCAGUGUAUGACCGCAUUAUUGAUCUCCGUAUAGCCACGCCACAGAUCAUCAUUAACUAUGCAAUGUUCCUUGAGGAACACAAUUACUUUGAGGAAAGCUUCAAGGCAUAUGAACGUGGCAUUGCACUCUUCAGGUGGCCCAAUGUAUAUGACAUCUGGAACACAUAUCUCACCAAGUUCAUCGAUCGUUAUGGCGGCAAAAAGCUGGAAAGAGCACGAGACCUGUUUGAGCAGGCUUUGGAUGGUUGCCCUGCGAAGUUUGCCAAAACCAUCUACCUGCUGUAUGCCAAACUGGAGGAAGAGUACGGGCUCGCCAGGCAUGCCAUGGCUGUGUAUGAGAGAGCCACUCAGGCUGUGGAGACAGAGGAGCGCCUUCAAAUGUUCAACAUAUACAUAAAAAGAGCUGCAGAAAUCUAUGGCGUCACCCACACCAGAGCUAUCUACCAGAAAGCAAUUGAGGUCCUCCCAGAUGAGCAUGCCAGGGACAUGUGUCUACGAUUUGCUGAUAUGGAGAGCAAACUGGGAGAGAUUGACCGGGGCAGAGCCAUCUAUUCUUACUGCUCCCAGAUGUGUGAUCCAAGGAUGACGGCAAAUUUCUGGCAGACAUGGAAGGAGUUUGAGAUUCGCCAUGGGAACGAAGACACCAUUCGUGAGAUGCUUCGGAUAAAGCGCAGUGUCCAAGCAACCUACAACACUCAGGUCAACUUCAUGUCCUCACAGAUGCUUAAAGCAACCACCAGCGCCACAGGCACAAUAUCAGAUCUUGCUCCAGGCCAGAGUGGUGUUGAUGACAUGAAGAUGUUGGAGCAGAAGGCACAGCAGUUGGCUGCAGAAGCUGAGCAGGACAAACCCAAACCCAAAGACAAGAUACUCUUCGUCAGGAGUGAUGCUUCUCGGAGCGAACUAGGUGAACUGGCCAAACAAGCCAACCCAGAUGAGAUUGACAUUGAUGAUGAGGAUGAAGAUGGAGAUGAUGAACCAGAUGAGGUGCAGCUAGAGCAGAAGAGCGUCCCCACUGCAGUCUUUGGAGGACUGAAGGAUGACUGAAUGCUCACCACUGAUGUCUGACGGUGUAGAUGACGCAUCUUUUCCCUAGGAAAAAGGGAAACAGAAGAUGUAUCAAAAUAUGGCACAAGUCAAAAUGCAAAGGACUUAUUUUAACUGGUUGAGCCACUGUAGGUUUCACUUGGUUGAGUUGAAGAAAUGCUGGUGUCCAGCUUUUGUGAAAUGCCAGUUCAGAACACAAGAGGUCACUUUUUCCCACAUUCAGUGUCAGUCUGUUUGUUGAAAGACUAUAAUGACAUGUUUCAGCACCCAUGAUGUUGUUUUUUUUAACUCUGCACAUCUAGGGGUGCAAGACAGAUUAACCAAGGUUACUGCAUCUGCAAGCUCAACACAUUUUUGCUUUUCUACACAAUAAAGACAUGUUUGUGGCCCAUCAGGACAUGCAGUGACUGGAGCUACAAGAGAAAAUGGUUUUGAUACUGUAGAUUGGAGAAUCCCACAUUUGUGUUCUUGGGAUUAUGGCGUUCAUGUCAGGAAUAACAUUUUCACUCAUUUUGCUGCAAAAAUUGGUACCUGUUCCUAAAAUUCAGUUGAUGUAAAGAAUUGUUGUGCAUUAAUGUAGUAAUGAAUUUACACUUUUGAAAA